AGCAAAUAAGGCUCAGCAGCGGCAGCACAGCAGCGCCAGUGGCGGCAGCAGCGUCUACACAUCUGCGCGUCUCCGAACUGCCUUGUGUCGGGUCAAUCAAUCCCUCAGCCCCGUUACCGAUUGAGAUUUAACAGCGGCUUUGGAUCUUAACGAGCCUUCUCCAUCCUCGUCCACAGCUCGGCGUCAGCCCCCGUUCGCUUGUCUACCGGUUCCCUUUAUAUCUAGCCAGUUUCUUGAAUUUUUAAUGGAAAAUGGCGAUGUUUGCUCAAUCCCCCGGUCUGAUGUGCCUCCUCUCCGUUCAAACUGUGCUGCUCCUCAGCCUCUCUUCACCGGGAACGGCGACGCUCCUCUUUCCUCAGCACUACACGAUGAUGCACUGGGCAGGUCGGAUUGAGAAGGAACUGGAGAAGGUGCUGCAGCUCGUCACCGGAGUUCAGCAAAUGAAAGGAAUUUAUAUUGACAAGAGAAAUCAUUUUGGUGUGGAGCGAAAUACACCAAAGCAGCUGGUGGAGAAGGUGUCAGGAGACAUCGCCAAACUGCUCAACAGGAAACGCAAAGCUCUGGAGAGAUUGGCUAGAGAAGCUGAAGACAUCCAACGAGAGCAUUCAUGGCAAGAUGCAAUCAAAGAAAAUGACAUCCAGUACUACGACUCCAAAGCCGACUCGGAUGCUCCGGAUGAUGAUGAUGGAGAAAACCUCUUGGAAAACCCGAACUCUCUUUCAUUGGAGUUUGUGGAUGAUCCCAACUUCAAGAACAAAGUCAACUACUCAUAUACAGCCGUACAGAUUCCUACUGACAUCUACAAAGGCUCUCCCACGAUCCUGAACGAGCUGAACUGGACUCAGUCUCUGGAGAGGGUCUUCAUUGAAAACAGUCGUGAGGAUCCUUCUCUGCGCUGGCAGGUGUUCGGCAGUGCCACUGGAGUCACCAGAUACUACCCAGCCACAAAGUGGAGAGCGCCCAACAAGAUUGACCUGUAUGAUGUGAGGAGACGCCCGUGGUACAUUCAAGGAGCUUCUUCUCCCAAGGACAUGGUCAUCAUAGUGGACGUGAGCGGUAGUGUCAGUGGACUGACCCUGAAGCUGAUGAAAACCUCUGUCAUCGAGAUGCUGGACACACUUUCUGAUGAUGACUAUGUAAAUGUGGCUCGGUUCAAUGAGAAAGCUUACGCCGUGGUGCCGUGCUUCACAACGCUGGUCCAGGCCAACAUAAAAAACAAGAAGAUCUUCAAAGAGGCUGUGAUGAACAUGCAAGCGAAGGGGACGACAGACUACAAGACCGGCUUUCAGUUUGCCUUCGACCAGCUGUUAAACGAGACCAGCGCUCCCAGAGCAAACUGCAAUAAGAUGAUAAUGAUGUUCACAGACGGUGGCGAGGAUCGCGCUCAAGACAUCUUUGAGAAAUAUAACUGGCCAAACAAAACAGUGAGAGUUUUCACGUUCUCAGUGGGGCAGCACAACUAUGACGUCACUCCUCUGCAGUGGAUCGCCUGUGCCAACAAGGGUUACUACUUUGAGAUCCCUUCCAUCGGAGCCAUAAGGAUCAACACACAGGAGUAUUUGGAUGUUCUUGGACGGCCAAUGGUGCUGGCCGGUGAACGGGCUAAACAAGUGCAGUGGACCAAUGUUUACCAGGAUGCUCUGGGUUUGGGUCUCGUCAUUACUGGCACAAUGCCAGUCUUCAAUCUCACCACUGACGGAGACUCCAAAAAUCAGUUGAUUCUUGGUGUCAUGGGUGUAGACAUCGCCCUCAAUGAAAUUAAAGAACUCACACCAAGAUAUAAGCUUGGAGCCAAUGGUUACACGUUUGCCAUAGAUCCCAAUGGCUAUGUGCUGCUGCACCCCAACCUACAGCCUAAGAUCAUUAACUUCAGAGAGCCGGUCACAUUGGACUUCUUGGAUGCUGAACUUCCAGAUCGCAGCAAGGAGGAGAUCCGCCGUCAAAUGAUUGAUGGCAAAGCAGGACAGAGGAGAAUCAGGACACUGGUGAAGUCUGUGGAUGAGCGUUACAUUGAUGAGGUCCAGAGGACGUAUAUAUGGAGUCCAGUAGAGGGCACAGAUUACAGUCUCGGUUUAGUUCUGCCGUCCUACAGCGAAAACCACAUCAAGGCCAACCUGAGUGACCAGAUCCUCCAGGUCCAGUAUUUUGAGUCUCUCCUGCCAAACACUUUUGAGUCAGAGGGACAUGUGUUCAUUGCCCCCAGGGAAUACUGCAAAGACCUGGAGCUGUCUAACAACAACACAGAGUUCCUGCUCAACUUCAUCGCUCUGAUGGAGAAGGUCACGCCGGACUCCAAACAAUGUGAUAAUUUCUUGCUGCAUAACCUGAUCUUGGACACGGGCAUCAUUAAAGAGCUGGUAGAUAAAGUCUGGAAGAACAAAGACCUCAACACGUAUGGCUUUAUGGCGGUCUUUGCAGCCACAGAUGGAGGCGUCACUCGAGUUUUCCCUAAUAAGGCCUCUGAGACCUGGGAGGAAGAUCCAGAGCCAUUUUUUGCUAGUUAUUACCGUCGCAGUCUGGACAACAAGGGCUACAUGUUCAGAGCCCCCUACCGCACCGGUGAGAGAGAAACACACAGCACAAAUAACAACACCAUCAUCAUUCUUAUCACCACAGCAGACGAGACCAACCAUGGGAGCAGAAACCUGAAACCUGCAGUUCUGGGUGUGAAGCUUGAUCUUGAGGCACUGGCGAGCAACCACACCAACAGCAACCGACAGAGCUCUCAAACAUGUGGACCCACCAGUGGCUGUGAAAUGGACUGUGAAGCCAACAGUGAUGACUUGCUUUGCUAUCUGAUAGAUGACGGUGGCUUCCUUGUCAUGUCCAAUCAGAAAGACUACUUGAAUAAGAUCGGGAUGUUCUUCGGCGAGGUGGAUGCCACCCUCUUUUACGCCCUCUAUAACAACUCCUUCUACAAACGCAAGCAGUCUUACGACUAUCAGUCAGUGUGUGACCCGGUGCCCAGCAGCAACACAGGGGCCGCUCCGCGAGGAGUGUUUGUGCCUACUAUCGCUGAUGUGUUAAAUGUUGCCUGGUGGACGUCAGCAGCUGCCUGGUCACUGCUGCAGCAGAUGCUCUAUGGGUUUGCCUAUCAGAGCUGGUUCAUGACAGUUGAGGUGGAUGCUGAAGGCCUGGAGUCUAGAGAGACCAGCUGUGUGACGGUACAGACACAGUUUUACUUCAGUAACAUCAGCAGCUCCUACAACAUACUGCAGGACUGUGACAACUGCUCCAGGUUAAUUCAUGCUAAGAGAAUAAACAACACCAACCUGCUGUUUGUGGUGGCUGAAAAACUGUCCUGCGACUCGUGUGAAAUAGAGAAACUGUCUCAGGUGGAGACGGAAUAUAAAGAAACGAAUACAUGCGAGACAAUAGCCACAGCUCGGUAUAGAAAAGGAACCACGACCUGUUUUGACUACAGUGUUUUAGAGAACACAUCAGACUGUGGGCGGGGCCACUCGUUCCGCCCCUCCCUCCUCACUUUACUCCUCCUCCAGCUCCUCCUCCUGUGUGUUCUGGCCCGCCCCUCUGUUUAACUCCAUCCUCCUGUCCUGCUCUCCCUCCUUCUUGUCUCCUUAAUUUCUCCUUUAUCUCCCGUUGCUCUAGUCAUAGGUAAUAUAAAGGGACUUCCUCCUGCCCUUAUACGGAAGCCCAGUCGUACUGCUUCAUCCACUUAGCUUCACAGGUUGUUGCUUAGUGACCGUUGCAGAACUUUGUCGUCUCCUGCCAAUCAAGAGCAUUUGUGGGAGGAGCUUAAAGUGUCUUUACGAAAACAGGAAGCUAGCGAUGUGAACACCGAUGGCCAUCUUGGACCAACAAAGAAAUGGUGGAAAAUGACACGGACUGUUCCCUCCUGCCCUUGUGGCCAAAAGGGGUCAGUUUCGUUUGACUCCACCUCUAAAGGGGAAAGGUCAUCCUCAUCAUCCUCAUCUUCAUCCUGUAACCCGUGUCGCGAGGCUACAGGACAUUCUGACACCGUCUAGCUUCCGGUAAUAAGAAAAUAACCGAAUAAGAGCAGAACUUUAAGCGAUUCUCAAACAAAUAUCAAUAACAACAUGUGAGUAUUAAAAACAUACCUCCAUAUAUUAGGGUAUUUAACGAGGAAGAAAAGACGAUAGAUUAUAUUUAUUCAGUUAUCUUUUGUUUAUUUAUGCACUAUAUCUACUUCUUGCCAAAAUGAGACUUGUUGUGUGGUCUAAUUUUUCUAGCCAAAUUAGGAGGUAAGAAAACCACCGAAAAAGAAAGUAGAGAAAUUAAAGCGGUAUCACACCAUUCCUUCAUCAGUCACAAGGGCUUCAUAUAUGUAUUAUUUCUAUUUAUAUCACAACCCUGAUCCGAUUAGGUUAGGCUUCUUAUUUGUGUUCAUUAUUUUUUAUCACAAGGUAAACUAUAUUAAUGCCUCAGUAAUAUAAUAUUUGCAGCUAAUAUGUAAUAGCAUGUGUGCAUUUUUAAAGGACUAGUUCACCUAAAAAUGACACUUUUGUGUAAUUUAUCAUUCAUUUAUUUAUUCCAAACCCAUAUGCUGUUAGUUUUUCACCAAAUUAUAAUUUUUUAAGAAUCAGGAUAGAAUGGUGAUUUCUAGCUCAAAAAAACAAAACAAAAAAGUUCCAUAAAAGUCCCACAAAAGCAGUUUGUAUUAGGUUUUAGGUUUUUUUAUGAUAGUUUAGUGUAAUAAACACACCAAAAUCUAUUGUAUGGCCACGGAAGACUUGGAAUAUCACAUUUAAAUCAUAUUUUUUGGCACAUGAGGGGUCAAUGUGAACUGUUAUUGAAUGGAACAUAUUUAGGUGAACUGUUCCUUUAAAUAAAAUGAGAUGUGAUAGUGAAGAGAUAUAUGAUGGAUUGAAAUGCAGUUUGAGUUUUUAGCGUUGAUAUCUGUUUGCAGUCUCUGUAAUUCUGUGCUGUACAGUUUUUCACGAUCUCAGAAUGUCAAUCACAUAUUGCAUCUGAUCACAUCACAACACAUGCUGUUCGUUUGUGCCAUUAUUUGCACUGAUGGACUUGUCUGUGAAUAGUAAUAGUAACCAUGAUCCUAGUCAAUAUGAUCAUUCAUGUAGAAGAGAAAUGUUUUAUUUUUCAUAUAUACAUAAGGGCCAAAACAUCUCUACUGUAGAUAUGUAGGCUGGAUAAAAUGUUCAGUAAUGCGUUUGAGUAUGUUUCAGGCCUCGUUAUCUGUCAUGACAUUAUAUCUUAUGUUGAAAUGUUAAUAAUGCGAUGAAACUUAAGCAAAAACCCUUGUUUUGGGCCCUGCAUCAACCUUCUUUUAGCUGUGCCUUGAUGCACUUUUAUAUUGGACAGCUUCACUGUCAGUCAGUUUAGUGCAGUACAAGUCUUUCAUGGGCAUAGAAUACUAUCACACUGCAUACUAUAUUCUUCAUACUAUUUAAAAAAAAAAAAAUAAUACUCAUUAAUGUUCAUUAAUGAACAUUUUUAUGCUUUGUUCUGGUCACAUCAAUACAAUAUUUACCAUGUUUAGCCUCGGGCCAAUUCAGAAAAAUGGUUAUUUUACCAGAGUUUGUUCAAACAUGUCUGGUUAAAUAAUCAAGUCAAGAGUGGAAUAGUUGAGAUAAUCACAGCUGAUAUUGCUCCCGGUCAUUCAUCACAUUGGAAAUGGUAGGGCAAGUUGAGUGCAUUGCAUUAUGGGAUACUGUAUUCAGUAUUGCAUGUAUUGUAAUGCAUAUUAUGACAAAUGUAGUUGCUCAUCAAGUAUUCUAUACAUCUGGAAAACCUGCAUACUAUGUGCAAUGAGCUUACAGUAUGGUCAGUAUGCUAGUAUUCUAUACCUGACUGAUAUAAGGGAAUGCAAUUUAUUUUUUAAAUUUAGAGUAUUAUUGAGCCGCAGUAUUUGCCAUAACCUUCAGCUUCAUUCCUGCAAUGUACACAAACUUGACAAGCACCUUAUGCAUUUACUUUGUCAGCAAACGGAGCUAAAUCUGAACCUCUCUGACUGAUUCUCAGUUGCACAUUUGCAUUUUAGUCACCGUCACAUUCAAUGCUCCUUUAAAGCUCCCUGGCAAGACUUUUUAAAAAAAACGCCCCAUGGUUUUUAGGAUUGUCUUUGUAAGAGUUUCUCACACAUUCACUCCUAGUUGCUACUGAGUUUUGGUAAAGUAGGUGUUGGGUUUGAACUGACUGCUCUACAUAACCUCAGUCCAUCUCUGGCUUCGCAACGGAGGCGGUUCCUUACAUACAUAUGGGAAUGGCUUUACUGCUGUAGUUUAUUUGUCCGGUAAAUAGAGUAAGAGUUUUGCUGAUGGUUGAGGAAGUGAAUCUGUGCUUGCCGUUAUGUGAAAUAACUGUGAAAAUAGAUGAGAAGUAUUGUCAGUUGUUGGUGUUGAAGGAAUGAUCUGUGUCAAACGAAUGUUACAUAUCUGUCUGUCUCGAGGCAAAAUCUGUUAAAGCCUGUUUUAGUCGCCUGUGCAAUUUUAAAAGACAGCACUUAACAUGUUAAACAUUCCCUCUAUCUGUCUGUUUAAAGAGUUAAUUCACCCGAAAUGUAUCAUUUAUUCACCCUCAUGUCGAUCCAAAGCUGUGUGACAUUCAUUCAUCUGUAGAAAACAAAUGUAUGGAAAGCACAUCUCCAUUUAUUUUAUGAAUGAAAGAAACUCAUAUGACAUAAGGGUGAGUAAAUGAGAAUUCAGCUUGGGUGAACUAUUAUUUAUUUUCUGUCAGGAUGUCAUGUAUUUUAUACACACCUUAUCUGAGAGGUGAAAAUGCAUGUGUGAUGCUAGUGGACACGAAUCUUGCGCCACUCGGUUUGUUUGUCAUCCACCUUCAGAACGAAUUGGUUAUAGAGAAAAUUAAAAUAUAUAUGUUAAGUUUCAUUCAGUGGACUGUACAUAUCACUAAUAUCUGAACUUGAAUGCAAUCCUCAUCCUGACACUAUCGCAUAUGACUCCUGUUUAUAACCCAGAAUCUAUCUACAGUAUGAAUAUAUAUUCUAGACCCCACUGAGACAUAGAAAUGGAAAAACACAAUUUCUGAAAUACAAGUGCAAGGUCAUAUGUGGUAGGACAAUAAAAAAAAAAAGGUUUAAAAAGACUGUUUAAGCUUCAGUAUGAUGUGCGAAGUUUAAGGGGAAAGUUCACCCAAAAACAAAAGUAUUAAAAAAAAAAAAAUCAUAAUUUACUCACCCUCAAGUUUUUCCAAACCCAGCAAAAUAUAAGUGUUUUCAUAUUAACCAUAAAAAAAUAUAGCAACCAGGGGCUUUCAAGCUCUUAAAAAGACAUAAAUGCUUAAUAAAAAUAUCACAAAGCUUGUCCAUAUGUCUUGUGAACUAUAUUAUAAAUCACUGAGAAGAAUUUAUGUUAUUCGUUAAAAAAUGGUUCGUAAUGACAUGAGAGUGAGUAAAUGAUGACAUAAUCUUAAUUUCUGGAUGAACUAUCCCUCUAAAUCACAACUUCAAUGUUGAAACAUGUUAAAUGGCUAAUGUGUACCUCUUUCUUUGCCUGAUUAUGGAAACAAUCUGCAAUUUUAUUUCAUGUCAGGGCAAAGAGCACUCUGAAAAGUAGAAAUAUGCCUUGUUGUUUAUUCUGGUGAGUUGUUUUAAAACUUUGCCACACUUUUUUUUUAAUCCUUGUAUUUUAUUUUUGGGGGGAAAGUGUGUAAUUGUCUUAAAACUGGAACACUGUCGAUGUACAGGGGCACUGAACUGCCCUAAUUAGGGAAACACAUUUUGGCAAGACACUGCGAUUAAAUGAUCAUGAAUGUGUCGGUCUUGUGUCACAAUUCCAAGUACACUGUGGAACAAAAGUCCUUGUUUUUAAGUGGUCUGAAAGAUUUGCUUUUGCCAAAAAAAAGAGAAAAAAAAUAGUAUUCAAAAAGAAAAGCUAAAAAGAGGAAGCAGCUUGCGCAAGGGGAGGGGCCUGAUGUAUAACCCGCCCACUGGGAGGAGUCAUUAGCUCAGACCCUCCCCCUAGCCCCUCCCCCUCCAAAGCAACAUCAUUGUAGGCGCGUUUCCAUCAGCGAGACGUGUGUAUGUGAUUACGUAGUCUUUAGUCUGGUGCUCCGUGACAAAUGUGUACAAAAAAAUAUAUAUAAAAAAAAAUACAAAGGAGAAACUGAAUUUAACAUGAGUGAGGUUUUAAAAUGUAUUAACAAUUAAAAAAAAAUAGAAACAGUACUGCUGAUAAUACUCAUGAGUUGAGGUCUGAAAUCAUGGUGAGCGUUUUUCUUUCGUUCGUUUAUUGGAUUGUGUGUUGGGGGCUCAGUGUCUCGUCUCUGGGUCCAUGUUGCUCCAUUUUUUUUUUUGUACAGACAACAAAAAAAGACAAGGAAAAAUUUGUAAAAUAUUGUGUCUGUGACUCCUUGUAAAAUAUUUUCAAAUUGUUUAUUACAGAGAAUCAGUUAUUAAAUAAUGUUCAUAUUUUUCACUUCA